AUGGAUUUGAUGGAUCACUUGUUUCCACGGGCAGACACAACAUGUACUGGCGAUAAACUGUGGUAUGUUUGCACCGCUGGCGACUACAAAGGUUGUUGUUCAAGCAAUCCGUGUACAUCGGGUGUAUGCCCAGACGAUGAUUCCACCUCGUCUACGACGACCACAACUACCAAGUCCUCGAGCACUUCCAGUCCAUCGUCAACCUCAACAAGCUCAAGCUCAAGCUCCAGCACUACAAGCACGACUUUGGUAGCUCAAGUAUCCCCGUCUUCCACUUCGAUCAUCGGAGGUACUAGCUCGAGUUCAACUUCUAUCACAUCUGCGACAUCUACAAGCUCGUCAACUUCACCCUCAACAUCCAUCUCCAACAACCACGGCGCCAUAAAUGGCGGAGUCGUCGGAGGCAUAUUAGCCUUGCUUAUUGCGGUACUCCUCCUCUUCCUCUGGAGGCGCAGAAGCCGCAUGAAAGCAGCCCAAUGCCGCACCAUCGACCCUGGUCCAUUUGGCCAACCGUCACAUCCCAGCGGCCCCGGCAGCCCAACUUUGUACAUGAAACGGCUAAAUAAAGUCAAUGGCAACCGCUCUCUCUACCCACACCUCGAGCCCUCGUUCGUAGACUCCAACAACGAUACAAUGAUGUCCACCCUAACAUGUCACCCUGAUAAAUCAACAACAAGCCUCAGUCUAGUCAAUGGACACGCCAAACCAAUGACCAUUGUCACUCCCAACAUCCCCUCAACUGAGCUCCUCGCUUCCAUCCCCAACCGACCAGGCUACACGCCUGAGCUCCCAGAUUCAACGUUCCAGCGCAUGAGAGCCGAGCUCCCUUCCGACUCAUCAAGAGAUCUUAUCAAUCAGCCCCUGGAUCAACGACGAGGUAUCUUGCUCUACCAACGAACCGUAUCUGGGCCCUCAAGCCCUCUUAAGGAUUCCCUGGCCGCCUCGGUAUCAUCUUCGCCGAGAAAUACACAUGAAAGCCCAAAAUCCAGCUCCGGGUCCGGAGAUUCUACAUCAGGUUCUUCCCCACCUAGCAGAAUGAGUCCCAAAUUAAUGGCGCGCAACACGGCACGACGACUAGUUACCGAAGAGGGAGUCGUUAUGGGUGCGAAUCUGGAUCGGUAUUCUGGGGAUCCUCGCGAAGAUGGCGAGGUUUCUAUUAGGGAUUGGAACAAGAAUGAUCAUGGAAACCGUGAGGAAGCGGAUAAGGGAAAAGAGAACUCGUGGCAUUCGCAACAUUUCAUGAGUUUUAUGGACUUUGGGAAUUCGAUUACGGAUUCUCGUGGUGAAUCUGGUGCAUCAUCUCUUGUUUCUCCUCCUGUGUCGCCUCCUGUUUCCCAUUCUGUUUCUUCGCCUGUUUCUCCACCUCUGUCUGUUGGGAAUAAGGUUGUGGAUGGAGCUUUUAUGGAUUCUGGUCCUCUUUCGCCGACUACGAGUGAGGUCCCGCCUGCCUAUAUUGCUGGAGAAGCGGAGUUUGAGGUGAAUGGGGAGAGGAAGACGCCAGCUGUGACAAUGGGGUUGGGGGUCAGGAGACUCGGUUGA